AUGUGUGGAAGCUCGCCAAGGGUUCAUUAUGCUUUCCAAGACAAUCUCAAGAAAUCUGCAAAGCUUUUCUCCAUUGACUCAAGCUCAGGAACCAUAUGUCUUGAUAAGGCUUUGGACUUUGAAGCAGCUGAGACACACCAGCUAAUAGUUACGGCUACGGAUCAGAAUGGACAAGUAGGGACGUGCUUUGUAAGCAUACGAGUUGUCGAUGUGAACGAUAACGCUCCUAUAUUCAAUCCACUUGAUUACAAUAUCUCAAUUCGUGAAGGUGAAAUACCCUCGGAAUCAUUACUCACUGUAGCAGCAACUGAUGCUGACCAAGGAAUCUUCGGAGAAAUAUCAUAUACAAUCGCCAAUGAUAAUUUGCCGUUCAGAAUGGAGAAGAAGACAGGCGAACUGUUUGCUUCAGGCCAAUUACAACGAGGAAGCUAUGACAUCAAUGUUAUUGCCGUUGAUGGAAAUGGAGCUGUAUCAGAGCAUUCGGCUACAAUUCACAUAAAUGUUAUUGCACGUGAUGCUCCUUCGCCGGCUUUUAGUCAAAGUCGUUAUGUUAUUCGUACAUCUGAAGACAUAUUACCUGGAAUAUCGAUUGGAACUGUUCAAGCUGUCGGAAAAGGAAGAAUUCGUUAUAGCAUUUCAUCAGGGAAUAUUGGCAAUCAGUUCAUUAUUAAUCCUGAAAACGGACGAAUCACUGUAGCUCGUUACCUCGAUGCUGACAAGUCAGACACUGUUCUUCUUAACAUUCAAGCUGAUCUGAUAGGAGGGGGAACUAAUCACACUCAAGUCCUCAUUGAAAUAGAAGAUCAUAACGAUAACUUCCCAGUGUUCUCUUCGGAGUCAGUUGACGUAACAAUCAAAGAAGAUCAACCACUGCAUGAGCCAUUCUAUGUUGUCCAUGCCACUGAUAAAGACAGAAAGAAGAAUGGGGAAGUAACAUAUUCAAUCAUAUCAUCACAUCCAUCGUGUUCUGUAAUGGUUCAACCAUCAACUGGUCAAUUACAACUGACUGGCACAAUUGACUAUGAGCGAAUUAAGUUUUAUCGCAUUCGUGUCAAAGCUACAGAUGCCGGAGUUCCUCCAAAAUCAGCUAACAUGACAGUUCUUCUUCAUGUCAGUGAUGUUAAUGAUAAUCUACCUGAGUUUGAUAGAGAUCAUUAUGAAGCUGAGAUUAUUGAGAAUUCCCCUCCAAUGAUUGAAGUACUACGAGUUAAUGCUACAGACAAAGAUUCAGAUGAGAAUGGAAUGAUCUCUUAUCGAAUAACGAAUGGAUCAGAUAAUUUUGGUAUUGACGAGAAGAUUGGCUCCAUUUUUGCUAAAAAAGAAUUGGAUCGGGAAAGGAAAGGCGAGUACAAUCUAACGAUUGUAGCUGAAGACAAGGGAUAUCCUACAUUAUCAACUUCAACAACUGUUCUCAUAAGGGUGUUAGAUGUGAAUGAUAAUGCACCAUCGUGCUCCUCGGUACAUACAUUGGUCGUACCAGCUGAUGCUGACACAAAAUCCACUUUUGGUUCAAUUGUCAUCUCUGAUCCUGAUUCUGGUGAGAAUGGAACUGUGUCCUAUCGAGCACAACAGACACAUCAGCUAUUCCUUGUGAACACAAACGGUGAUGUGAGACUGAGACGAAAAAUAACUGACGUCGAUCCAACGGACUUCCGUAUUUCCAUUAUUGCUUCGGAUAACGGACGACCACGUAAAUCAUCUGUAUGCCAUGUUCCCAUCAAAGUCACAAAAGGACAAACAGAUAUUCAUUUGGUUGAGCCAUUUGAAAGAACAUUACGUGUGCCAUCAAAUUGCACGAACGUAUGCCGUCUGCGACAAAUAGAUGCAACUGGAGUACAUAAAUGGCUUUUGCAAAGCUCAGAGAUAUCCAACUGCUUUUCCAUUCACAAUGGUGUUUUGUCGUUAUCAUCAUUGCCGACAGCUUUACCUCCAUGGAAUCUUGUUGUUGUUCUAUCAGAUAAGGAAGGACGUCAGAAGAUGUUAACAUUGAAAGUUCUACCACCAUUAUCAAAGAAUCUAAGGGAGACGGUAGCUUUACCUCAAACGCUACCUAUUGGAUCAAAAAUCGCUGUCAUUGGUGAUGGAACUGAAAACGGACAUUACUAUUACAGUAUAUCUAAUAAGACUGAAAUGUUUGAGUUGGAUGAAAUCACAGGAACUAUAUAUCUGAGUGGACGAUUGAAAGACCAUAUUGGCGAAUCUGUUCAUAACAUCUAUUUCCGUAAAAACAACAUUGAGACUGAAGCUAUGGAGGAUAUUCUAAUUGAAUUCCAAAUUUCUCAGAAUGCUGAGAUACUACCGAAGUUCAACAAAGAUGUUAUUGAAAUUGAUGUUAUCGAAGAUACAUUGCCUGAUUCUAUCAUUCUCUCAGCUUUUGCUUAUGUUCCAAGUGAUUCCAAUUUAACUGUUUCCUAUUAUCUUCAUGAUCCAACUGAUAUGUUCAGUAUUGAUCGAUUCACUGGAGAUAUCUCAUUGCUUUCAACACUGGAUUGGUUCGAGAAGCCACAGUACUCAUUGGUCGUUGAAGCUCGCUGUGGAAGUUUGAAGUCAACUCAGCUCAUAAACGUCAACGUUAUUGAUAUUAACAACAAUACUCCAGAGAUUUCAAGCGAUGAGAUAGUUUAUCUGUGGCCAGACAGUUCCAGAAAAAUUCAUAAAAUUGUUGCCACGGACCGAGAUAAUGGUUUGAACUCUCAACUGAAGUUUGAGUUAUCAUCAAAUCCUCACAACCUCUUCACUAUCAACAGCAAGACAGGAGACAUUUUCAUGGAGCAGUUCCCAGAUGUUGACGAAUCACUGAUCGUGAGAGUUUCGGACAGUGGAACAACUCCUCUUGCCAUUGAGCAGACUCUUUCACUAAGAAUAAUGAAUAGUUCAAAGAGAUGGCACUUCUUUGAUCGCCCAGAAUACAUCUUCAACAUCACUGACUCUGCUGACAGAGGUUAUUUGGUUGGAAAAAUAACUGGAAAAGGCGAAUCAGAAAUUCGUCCUAUGUCCAUGCCUGCUGGUCUCUCACUGAUUGGAAAUGAUUUAAAGUUGAGAAAUAGUCUUUCAAAUGGAAUUCAUCGCUUCUCAGUCCUCGCAUCCUCUACCUCUCAAGAAGUAGACUGGGCAAGCGUUACCGUUGCAGUCACCACAGUUCCUGACCGUCCUAGAAUAAGCUCGGCUUCAUGCGGCGUUGUUGUUGUUCCUGAAAACAAAGGAUUGAAAAACUUCAAACGAAUCAUUGCUCAAAACGUCGAAAAGUUUAUGCUUCAAGCUCCUACACCUCUGUUCGAAAUCGAUUCAUCUACUGGAGAGCUGUCAAGUGUUGAGUUAGAUCGUGAGACCAAAGCCGAACACUUCCUCGUAAUAGUUGCUGAAGGAUUUGGUCAAAAUGAUACAUGCACCGUGCGUGUGAGCGUGUCUGAUGAUAAUGAUAGUCCUCCUCAGUUUUCUGCUUCGACUGCUCAACUAGUUAUCAUUGAUGACGCUGUCAAAGUUGGAGAUUCUGUUAUACAACUGAGUGCAUUAGACUUAGAUAAAGAUGAGAACAGUCAUCUUGUUUUCGAGCUUUUAGAAGAUCCAUCUAUGUUGUUCGACCUAGAACCUGAGACCGGGAAAUUGGUGUACAAGAGAUCUUUUAAAGUUGAUCAAGGGGAAUGGAUGCUAAAAGUUCGAGUUAGCGAUCAGGGCAACAAACAUUUGUCUUCCGAUCGUUUCAUUCGAAUAAGGGAUGAACGAGAAAGCUCAGCAGGAGUGAAAGCUGAUGAAGCAGAUCCAACAUUCUUGCGAUCCAGCUACGUGUCAGAUGUAGAUGAAGGGCUGGAGAGGGGACAGAAAAUCGCUCAAGUCCAAACCACUCAACGGGACUCUCGAAUCACCUACAGUAUUGUAGAAGGUAAUAUGGAUGGAGCUUUCGAAAUUGACUCAGAAGGCUUCGUUCAUACUGCACAAGAGCUGGAUUAUGAGAUAAGACCGAAGUAUGAGCUCAGAAUUAUCGGAACAGGCACUUUUAAUGGUGAAAUAUCCACUAUGCUCGAUGUGAAAGUCAACAAUAUCAAUGACAACCCGCCAGCUUUUCCCAGAGUUGUGAACCGCAAAAUAUUGGAAUCUGUACCUAUUGGCUCUUACAUCAGUACUGUAUCAGCUAACGAUGUCGAUAACGAUAGUGUCAUUGAGUAUUCAUUCGAAAUUGAGGAUCCACGGUUCCAGAUCGAUAAGUAUACUGGAGUGAUACAUACCAUAGCAGAGUUAGAUUAUGAAGAAAACCCCGACAUCAGUUUAAAAGUUAUUGCAUUCGACGGAAAGUUCAAGACAAGUGGUAUAAUUCGAGUAUCACUCAUCGAUAUAAAUGACAACUCGCCUGUGUUCAACAAGCCUUUCUAUGAUGUUCAAGUGCAUCCUGAUGCACAGCCGGACGAGAUUAUACUCAGAGUUCAAGCAACUGACAAGGAUUCGGGUGAUAAUGGAAAACUAUCUUAUUCACUUGAGCGGCAUGAAGAACAAUUCAGUAUAUCAGCUGAUGGAUCUGUCGUUCUACAUUCAGCUAUGACAAUGGGAUCGGAGUACUUAAUAACUGUUACAGCAUCAGAUCACGGAAACCCUCGCCUUACGUCCUCUGUGCCAAUACGUAUCACAGCCUCUUACAAAAAACCAUCUGAGCAACCACAAUUUCCCCAGAAGGAUUAUGAGUUUCUAAUAUCUGAAAGUCAAUCGAUUCAUACCGUUUUCGGAAACGUCUCGGCUUCUUACAACAAUCUGUUUUACCGGAUACUUGAUGGCGACGUGGCGAACUUCUUUGAUAUCGACCGUCUUGGACGAUUAUCAUUGAGAGCUCCGGUGGAUCGUGAAGUCAGGGAAGUGUUCAAGUUUGAGGUAGGAUAG